UAUAGCAACGCAAGAUCCAAAUCCAAUCUUUUUUCUAUCUUCAGUUUUUUUAUCCAUUUUUUGUUUCUUCCAAAUGCAAAUCUUUGUGGAUGAUCCACUUGCAUUCUCCUGAAACAAUCGUUAAAGGAAAAUGUUUUCUUCCUCAAAGACUGUAUUUUUCUUCUGGAUCUUGAGCUUCAACCUCAGCUAUGGCCGCAUCUUCACUUUCAAGAUGCACCACCUUUUCUCUGAACCCGUCAAGAACUGGUCCAAUUCCACCGGUAAACUCUCUCAUUGGCCUGCAAAGGGCUCUUUCGAGUACUACGCCGUUUUAGCUCACCGGGACCGCCUCCUCCGCGGCCGCAAACUCUCUGAUAUCAAUGCAACCCUUUCUUUCUCUGACGCCAACUCCACCUUCCGAAUCAGUUCAUUGGGAUUCUUACAUUAUACCACAGUAAAAUUAGGGACUCCUGGGGUGAAGUUCAUGGUGGCACUUGAUACAGGGAGUGAUCUUUUCUGGGUGCCAUGCGAUUGUACCCAAUGUGCUCCAACUGAAGGAACUACUUAUGCUUCUGAUUUUGAGCUUAGCAUAUAUGACCCGAAAGGAUCAUCCACUAGCAAAAAAGUCACCUGCAACAGUAGCUUGUGUGCACACCGUAACCAAUGUCUUGGAACAUUCAGUAGUUGUCCAUACAUAGUGUCUUACAUGUCAGCUCAAACUUCUACUUCUGGGGUUCUACUGGAGGAUGUUCUUCACCUGACGACCGGAGAUGGUCAUCCGAAGUUGGUUGAGGCAUAUGUCACAUUUGGCUGUGGGCAGGUACAGAGCGGUUCAUUCCUCGAUGUUGCAGCUCCCAAUGGUUUGUUUGGGCUUGGCAUGGAGAAGAUUGCAGUUCCUAGCAUUUUAUCACAGGAAGGUUUAACAGCUAAUUCCUUCUCCAUGUGUUUUGGAAGUGAUGGAAUUGGAAGGAUCAGUUUUGGUGACAAAGGUAGUCCUGACCAGCAAGAGACCCCAUUUAAUCUCAACCCAUCACAUCCAACCUAUAACAUUACUGUAACUCAAAUUCGGGUGGGGACAACUAUAAUCGCUGGUGAUAUUACUGCUCUUUUUGAUUCCGGGACCUCAUUUACAUACUUGGUUGACCCAGCAUAUUCAAACCUUGCAGAGAAUUUCCAUUCUCAAGCACAAGAUAGGCGUCGUCCACCUGAUUCAAGGAUCCCUUUUGAGUACUGCUACGACAUGAGCCCUGAUGCAAAUGCUACUUUAAUACCCAGUAUGAGUUUAACGAUGAAAGGUGGACAUCACUUUCCUGUACACGACCCAAUAAUCGUCAUUUCUACUCGGAGUAAACUUGUAUACUGCUUGGCUGUCAUCAAGAGUACGGAAUUGAAUAUUAUUGGACAAAACUUUAUGACCGGUUACCAUGUGGUGUUCGACCGAGAAAGAUUUGUCUUGGGAUGGAAGAAGUUUGAUUGUUACGAUGUUGAGGAAACUAAUACAUCAGAAGUAGAAACGUAUGCUGCCUCUGAACCUCCUGCUGUUGCUGCUGGAAUCCAUAAUUAUUCAACCCCCGAGUCAAGUAAUAAAGAUGCCAACAAUACCAAUUCCGGCAGUUCUUUUGGCUUGCGAUCUUGCCGUUUCCAUAUCUCUCUUCUGGCCAUCUCCAUAUUGGCCCUAUUAUUAUAGGGCAUGCUUCACCUUCAGUCAGAUCCAAGCAUAUGGCAUAUAUGGUUUAGAUGUCUACUUCGUUUUGAUCAUUUCAGAUGUGCAUCAAUGCCAUACAGAUAGAUUGUAGUAUAUCUUUUGAUUUCCUUUUGAUCAUUUAGG